AUGACGGCACGCUUGAGUCGAACAUGGAAAGAAUUAACCACAAAAACCAAAGACGCUAUUAUACAUCACGAACACACUUGGAAAAAUUGGGCGGGUAAUCAACAAUCCACCCCAAAGAAAAUCUUUCGUCCUGUAAAUUUACAUGAUUUGCAAAAAAUUGUGAAAGAAGCAAAAGAAAAUAAUGAAAAAAUUCGUUGUGCUGCUGCGGGGCAUACCUGGAGUAGUUUAAGCGUAACUUCGGGAUAUUUGGUGAUUAUGGAUAAUGUGAAUUCGGUUGAGAUUAAGUACAAUAAUCAUUUGAAAAGCUGGACGGCCACCGUCGGGGCUGGUAUCUACCUGAAAGAUCUCGAUAAGGUACUCCGUAAACACGAUCCUCCGUUGGCUCUUGAUUCUUGCGUAGUAUUGAACACGGUAACAGCAGGAGGCAUUGUAGCGACCGGAUGCCAUGGAGCAAAGUGUGCUAAUUCGAAUAUUCCGGAUAAAGUUGUGUCACUUCAAAUUGUCACCGCUGACGGUGAAUUAAGGGAAUUUUCCGAUGACAUUGACAAAGUGGAGAUGAGUGCCGCCAGAAUUAAUUUGGGUCUCCUGGGAAUAAUUUACCAGUUGACAUUCGUCGUAGAACCAAUGUUCAACAUUCGGAUGAUCGAUAUUUUCGACCCGUUGGUGACUUCUUGGAACGCACCAAACCUAAAAAACCUGGUUAAUUCAUCUGAUUCUAUCGAAGUAUUUUACUGGCAAUUCAAUAACCCAGGUUUCGGGGCUGAAAACGAUAGAAUUUGGAUAAAGCAAUUUUUGCGUACAGAAGACAUGGCCACUGUGAGUGCAACUGAUGAAAAAGUGAAAAAUAUGUUUCAAACUUUGGAAUUGGAGUUUGGAGAUCAUUUAUUCGAGUUUAUGGCCAAAGUACCAGAAUCUACACCGUUCGUAUCGCAUCUUUUGUUCGAGGCUGGGAUUGAUCACCGUGCCGAUCAAAUUUUAGAGGCACCAGAUGCCAUCCAUUGGCGGGCUGGUAUUGACGCUGUACCGUGUAUGGAUAUGGAAUUUGCCAUCAAGCUUGAUAAAGAUUUUCAUAUUGCAAUCGAAGAAUUUAAUCAUGUUAUCAAAAGGGUCUAUGAAUAUGCAGAAAAGAAAAAAUAUCCGAUGAACAUGUCUAUGGAAUUCCGAAUCAAUAAAUCCUCUCGGGAUCUUCUCGCUCCCACCUAUGACCCUGAUCCGGACACCUACUUCUUCCUUUUGGAAAUACUUUCUGUCAAUGGCACAAAGGAUUUUCAAGAAUUUUCAAUAGAACUUGCUCAACGAUGGAUGAGUAAAUACCAUGCUCAACCACAUUGGGCAAAGUUAUGGGAACAUGUGCCGGACAUUAUACCGUACGUUCGGAAAAGUCUUGGGAAGAGAAGGAAGAUAUUCGAAGAAGUCAGGAAAAAAUACGAUCCGAAGCAGAUGUUUUUUGAUAAUGAAACCAUGAAAAAGAUUUUGAUAGGGUAA